AUGAGCGCUACAGCCACGACCACCGCGACACGCACUACGAGCACUACUGUCACUGCGACCGCGACGGUGACCACUAGCGAUACGGCUGUCACGGACACAGUGCGUGUUGAAGUCAUCACAGAGACCUCUACAGCGGUUGUAACUGCCACAAACGCCAUGAGGAAACGGAACGUUGCUGCGCAAGCAUUGCCAACCGUUACUCAGACCGUUUUGCCCAACGAUUACGAAGUUGUUGUGGAGCCGGUUAACUUUAACAUUCCGGGCGGAGCUAAGGUAUUAGCGGCUAGUGACAGCAUGACGAUCGAGAGCGUCGUUAUGCCUCUUGAAGCUGAGGCACGUCUUGAUUUGCACAGAAGAGCCGAGCCAACACCAUCCGUAGUAGCAUCGUGGCAUCCAGCAAUGAUAUCUGCCGCCUGUUCUUCCGUCAACACCUGGACUUUGACGGUCACGACGACAACCACACGCCCGGCACCAACCACUGUUGCAACCGCGACAGCAGUUGUCACCGCCACCGGUGUUGCUUAUGCCACGGUUCAGUUCGUCACGGCAACAGCGGUCGUUACGGCCACGGAAACCACAACCGCCACGCUUACAGUCACCACCACGUCUUUUGUUACCUUUACGUCGGUCAGCGCCAGCACGACCACUACUACAAUCACUCGGACCGUUGAGCCGCUGGUGCUAGAGUCUCCAGCGGGGAUCUUUGGCGAUCCUCGGCAAGGUCUCGCCAGGGACGGCGACGACAACUACUACAACCUCACCUUACCAUUCGCAAUUGGUGCAUACGGUGUCACCAGCGAGACAGUAUUCUUAUCCACCAAUGGCUUGCUCAGUAACGAGCCGACGUACGAAUGGGUCAAUGAGCCUCUUCCAGCAUCCGGCAAGCCGAGCGAACAGUACCCUGAGCGAGCUGUCCCCAGCAUGUCGAUCUUUCCGUACUGGACGGAUCUCUACAUGCGUGCUGGCUAUCCGCAUGGCAUAUUCUAUGAAGUUGCGGGCGAUAUCGGGUUGCGCAGCAUCACGUUCGAGUACUACGCCACGAGGUACAACGACGAGGAAGGAUACUACCACUUCACUAUUGCCUUCUACGAAAACAUUCCAGGCGUGAUCGAUCUGAAGUACUACGAAAUGGGAAGCAAUUCGUCGGCGGGAACUGUCGGUGUGCAAAACCGCGACGCCGGUAAAUGGCUCCAGUUCUCUCAUAAUGAGCCGAAGCUUUAUCGAGGUGUCGCGGUUCGGCUGGAUACCCGCAUCGGUAAUGGGACUAUCACGGAGUCAAGAUUUUAG